AUGGCUCUUGCUAAUCGAGGACGAAAUCAAAAGCUACCACCUGAAGUGAAUAGAAUUCUGUAUGUUAAAAAUUUGCCAUAUAAAAUUACAAGUGACGAAAUGUAUGACAUUUUUGGGAAAUUCGGUGCCGUACGUCAAAUUCGAGUAGGCAAUGCAACUGAUACACGUGGAACAGCUUUUGUAGUUUAUGAAGAUAUCUUUGAUGCUAAAAAUGCUUGUGAACAUUUGUCCGGCUUCAAUGUUUCUAAUCGAUAUCUGGUUGUUUUGUACUAUCAGGCUACAAAGGCUUACCGGAGAAUGGAUACUGAUAAAGCGAAAGAAAAACUUGAACAAAUCAAAGAACGGUACAAUCUUGGAGGUGAUUUGGAGAAGGAAAAGAAGGAAAAGUUAGGGUAUACAGCCACUCCCCAAAAUUAG